AUGGCUUCCGAAAAAGAAAGAGAUAAUUUUUGUGUUCGUUUUACCGGCAAAAAUUAUUCGGCAUGGGAAUUUCAGUUCAAGAUGUAUGUUAAAGGAAAGGGGUGGAGUCACUUAGACAAUGUUUCUAAGGCUCCGACAGAUAAAACUGCUUUAGAUGCAUGGGAAACUCAAGAUGCUCAAAUCAUCACUUGGAUUCUUAACAGCAUUGAUCCUCAGAUGAUAAAUAAUUUGUGCUCAUUCUCCACUGCUCAAGAAAUAUGGAAUUAUCUGAAGCGCAUUUACAACCAGGACAAUUCGGCAAAACGUUUUCAGUUGGAGCUUGACAUAACCAACUAUAAACAAGGUGAUUUGUCUAUUCAACAAUAUUAUUCUGGUUUUUUGAAUCUCUGGACAGAACACUCUGCUAUUAUACAUGCUAAUGUUCCCAAAACCUCUCUCGCGGCUGUUCAAGAGGUCUACAACACUAGUAGGCGAGAUUAA